AUGAUGCAGUCAGUAAUGCAGCAGCCUCCACGCUCUUUUCGUGGACUACCAAUCGAACUCGUCCUUGAGGUUUUCAGCUAUCUCGCUCCGGAUGCCUUCAUCUCGUUUGCGUUCGCCAACUAUCAUCUGCUCGUCAGACACUCCUUAGCACCACUGCUAUCACAGUGUACCAUGACCCGUCUCAUCCGCCAAGCAGCAGUCCUUUCUAGAAACCGUUCAGCUGGCCCAACAUCUAUUCCUUCAGAGGUCUACCUGCAUUUUCUCAGGAACCUUGAGCCUGUUGAUGCCCUGAACUAUGUCAUGGCCAACUAUUUGCAAUUAGCUCGACAAGGAAUUGCACCUCCACUGUCCCAAGAUACGCUACGACGUCUGGGUCGCGCGGUCAGACGUGGACCAGGGUCAGACUUCAAUACUUGA